CCUAAUCCUUAGGCGCCUCAGCCGACUUUACCCAUACCGAGAUACUGCCCUCCUUUUCAAGACGUCUCUUGCGUCAGACUUUUAACAGCGCUCAUCGUUUUUUUACCAAUACAAUGAUUGAAUUUCGUUCGGAACAAGUACACGUUCGCGUGCACGCGCCUGCCAACAAGGCCGCCGAAGAAAUGUUGACGCCGGAUGCGCUACGUUUGCUCGGACUGCUUUGCGAACGCUUCGAUGUCCGUCGGCAGGCUCUACUUGCAGCCCGCAAAACCCACGCCACUAGCUUUGAUGCUGGUGAUGUUCCUCACUUUCUGUCGGCAGAAGACCAUCCCGCCCAGCGAGAUCCCCACUGGCGCUGUGCUCCCGUCCCUGACGACGUCCAGGAUCGUCGCGUGGAAAUAACGGGACCAGUGGAUCGGAAGAUGGUCAUCAACGGGUUGAAUAGUGGAGCAUGUGUGUACAUGGCGGACUUUGAAGACUCCACAAGCCCUACAUGGUUUAACGUGAUUGACGGACAGUUGAAUUUGCGCGACGCAGUCCGCGGUACCAUCGCGUUCACCAACGCUGCCGGAAAGGUGUACACAGUGCAGCAUGCGAGUCGUCCAGCCACGCUCUUUGUCCGUCCUCGUGGCUGGCAUUUGGAUGAGGCACACGUCACGGUCAACGGCAAGGUCGCGUCGGGGUCCCUCUUCGAUUUUGCCAUGUACUUUUUCCACAAUGUACACCAUUUGAAGGAGAAGGGUACCGGGCCCUAUUUCUAUUUGCCCAAAUUGGAGUCUCACAAGGAGGCUGCUCUAUGGAAUGAUGUCUUUGUCGCAGCGCAACAGUUUAUGGGAGUGCCUAUCGGUACCAUUCGGGCAACGGUUUUGUUGGAGACGAUUACAGCUGCUUUUGAAAUGGAAGAGAUUCUGUACGAACUGCGUGAUCAUUCUCUGGGUUUGAAUUGCGGUCGUUGGGAUUAUUUAUUUUCGUUCAUUAAAAAAUUUAAGCAUCAUACGGACAAGUUGACUCCGGAUCGAAAUCACCUGACCAUGACUACGCCCCUGAUGGAGGCGUACGUCAAGCGACUCAUCUACAUUUGUCACAAGCGGGGAACUUUUGCAAUGGGCGGUAUGAGUGCAUCAAUUCCCAUCAAGAAUGAUCCAGCAGCCAACGAUGCUGCCAUGCAAAAGGUUGCCGACGAUAAGUUGCGCGAAGUGACAGCUGGACACGAUGGCUCCUGGGUUGCUCAUCCCGCCUUGGUCAAGGUGGCUAAGGAUGUGUUUGAUGAACACAUGCUGACUCCGAAUCAAAUUACAUCCAAGCCGGGCUAUGUUGGAUCCUCCAUAAACGAGCAAGAUCUGCUGCGCUUGCCACCGAUCCCGCACGGAAAAGCCAUCACAAGUGAGGGUCUAGCUCGAGGCGUUGGUAUCGUAUUGGCGUAUACCGAAGCCUGGUUGCGCGGCAUCGGGUGCAUUCCCUUGCACAAUGCCAUGGAAGAUGCCGCUACGGCAGAAAUUAGCCGAGCCCAAAUUUGGCAAUGGCGCAGCCAGAAAGCGUCGACACAAGAUGAUAAUAGGCCAAUCACGGCGUCUCGUGUGGCCGCAUUGGUACAGCAGGAGGUAGACCGUCAAUGCAAUGGUGUUGCUGGAAAGUCCAAGGGCAAAUGGCGACUUGCCGGUAAUUUGGUGGAAAACAUGCUCAACAAGGAUGAAUUGGACGACUUUUUGACAUCUGUUUGCUAUCCACACAUUGUCACAACAGCAUACGAUGAUGGUCGAAUCGCCAAGCUGUAGGAACCAGAACGGAGAGUCGUUGUUUUCGAUGGAACGGUAAAUUGCUGGCAAGAAACUUGUGGACUUAUUGACUAUGAGGUAUUGUUUUACAACAUUAA